AUAAUUGCCUGAUUACCACUGCAAUCGCGCUGCGAGCUGCCAUCGAUCACUACAGAAAGCCGGACGUCUUAGAGCAAUACAUGUCCGUUGCGAGCGAUCAGAUGCUGUCCGCGGCCAAUACUGGACUGUCGAUGUUCUUUGCUUCCCCUCCCGGAAGCAUGUCUGUCAAUUCGAAUCUGUCGCUCGACUGGCAAUCGGUGCAUUUCGGAUAUCCCGAACAAGCACGUUUCCACACCUCAGGGAUCAACGACCGGUACUUGAGGGUGUUCCGAGCCAACCUGACGCGGAUGGAUAACGGCAGACGGGCAUCAUCUGGAAAAGCGGUUGAUAUAUGUUUUGCGGUCCCUUCCUGGGCGAAGUCUAUAGUGGAAACGACACUUGCUGCUGAAUUGGGUGCUCCAGAUUUUCCUGAUACAAUUAUGUUAGCCAAAUGAUGCAACUAGUAUAGAACCUCGCGGAUUUCGUACAUCACAGUUCGAGUUCGCGGCUAUCGACGCUGGUGACCUCCUUGGGCCAGCGAACGCUGUCAAGACCAGAUGGUCUUCUGGGCCGUGCAUCUUCUAAUCAAGAAUGGCACUCUUUCGUGAAGAAAUUAGAUGGUCGGACGAUGCAGAGCGCGCGACCAUUUUAAGUGAUCUGGCGCCG